AUGAAUCCUAAUUACCCUGAUUUGAGUGCAUGGAAUUUAUCAGGAACCCAAGAUACUAUUCCUAAUCAAAAUUCAAAUUAUCCAAAUAGAAAUUCAAGAUAUCCAGAUGGAGGACCAGGUUAUCCGGUUGGAGGAUCAGGUUACCCGGUUGGAGGACCAGGGUUCUCAGAUGGAGGGAUAGGAUUCGCGGGCGGAGGUCCAGAGCCUAUGGUGGGAGGUGCAGAUUAUACAUCAGGAUACUAUCCUAAUUCAUUUUCUGGAGGAUUUCAACCUUCCAAUCCAACUGGAUUUAGAUAUUCAACACAAGGAGAAAAUGUUUCAAGAAAUAACCCAUAUCCUGUUGCACAGUCACCGGGUUAUGUUCCAGGAGCCCCUCGUUUUGGAACACAAACUAAUGAAUAUAAUAAUGGUAGCAAUUUACGAACUGAUCAGAAUAUCUGCCAAUCCAAUUCUAAUAAUGAGAUUUUUGAACCAACAGUCAAAGAUGCAGCAAAUUUAAUCCAGAAGAAGAUUGUGAACGUUUACGAAAAGCAAUGGCUGGUUUAG